CCCCGAGUCAGAGCCCCUUCACUCCACCGGGGUUCACAGGGGAGAUGAUGUAGAAGGACCGAGUGCAUCGCGAGCCCUAACUCCGCACUUUUCCACCAACAGCAUCUUCCACCUCCCAUCCCCAGGGCUUCAGGUACCCCCUCGGGAGUCUCCAUCCCUCAAAUGCUUCAUUCAGGCAAGAGCAUCACAGACCCUUGUCCAGGAUUCCCGGGCCCCAAACCAGCCCUCAUCUCUUGGAUGGAACAGGAGAGUGAGGCUUGGAGCCCCGCCGCCCAGGAUCCUGAGGAGGGGGAGAGCCUGGGAGGAGCUCGGAGAGGAGACAUCCCAACCAGGAAGGAGCAGGAACCCAAGAAAGUGCCAAGAGGGGAAGGACCCACACAAUCCCAAAGUCGGGAGGAGAUUUCUGGGCAGUUGCAGACCGAACAAUUGGUUAAACACAAGACUGAGUUGACUGUCAGCAAGGCCUCAGCAGGAGCACAGACACCCGCCAAAGCUGCCUGGGGCCAGAUAACUGGUGCACAGCCCCACGUCCAGGUGUCCAGCGGGGACGCUCAGGCCAGUCAGAGGCGCCACGUGUGUGCGGACUGUGGCCGGCGCUUCACCUACCCUUCGCUGCUGGUCAGCCACCGGCGCAUGCACUCGGGCGAGCGGCCCUUCCCCUGCCCCGAGUGCGGCAUGCGCUUCAAGAGGAAGUUUGCGGUGGAAGCACACCAGUGGAUCCACCGUUCCUGUUCCGGAGGGCGACGUGGCCGCAGGCCCGGGAUUCGUGCUGUGCCUCAAGCCCCAGUCCGAGGUGACCGAGACCCACCCGUGCUCUUCCGGCACUACCCAGACAUCUUUGAAGAGUGCGGGUGAGCUGAGUGGCAGCCGGCUAAGUGCCAGUGACACUAAGAACCAACAACCCUGAGGGUGGCUCCUGAGUUAGGGACCUGGGAAUUGAAUCCACUCCAUGGGCUUCCUUCCCUCAAGGACCCCAUAUUUCCGUAUUUGUAAACUAAGAAGUGCCUGUAAAGAUUUAAAUAGAUUAAACUUGAGACCUCUCCCCA